UGGUGGCGGCGCCGCAGGUGUGGGGGGCCCGCGGAGGUGUGCAUGUGGGGCGCGAGGGCGUCGCGGAGAGCGGCCGCUGUUCUGUCCGGCCCCCGCUGGCGGAGCCGAGCUCGGAGAGAGGUGUGUGCCCGCUUCCUGAUUCUGGAGAAAAAUGCCGGUCCGGAAGCAAGAUACCCAGAGAGCAUUGCACCUGUUGGAAGAUUAUCGCUCAAAACUAAGUCAAACUGAAGAUAGACAACUCAGAAGUUCCAUUGAACGAGUUAUUAACAUAUUUCAAAGCAACCUCUUUCAGGCUUUAAUAGAUAUUCAAGAAUUUUAUGAAGUGACCUUACUGGAUAAUCCAAAAUGUAUAGAUCGCUCAAAGCAGUCUGAACCAAUCCAACCUGUAAAUACUUGGGACAUUUCCAGUCUUCCAAGCACUACUGUGACUUCAGAAACACUGCCGAGCAGCCUUAGCCCUACUGUAGAGAAAUACCGUUAUCAGGAUGAAGACACACUUCCUCAAGAACACAUUUCCCCACAAAUCACUAAUGAGGUGAUAGGUCCUGAAUUGGUUCACGUCUCAGAGAAGAACCUGUCAGAGAUUGAGAAUGUCCAUGGAUUUGUUUCUCAUUCUCAUAUUUCACCAAUAAAGCCAACAGAAGCUGUUCCUCCCUCUCCUCCCACUGUCCCUGUGAUCCCUGUCCUGCCAGUCCCCGCUGAGAAUACUGUCAUCCUACCCAUCGUAUCACAGGCAAAUCCUCCUCCUGUAUUGGUCAACACAGACAGCUUGGAAACACCAACUUAUGUUAAUGGCACUGAUGCAGAUUAUGAAUAUGAAGAAAUCACACUUGAAAGGGGAAAUUCAGGGCUUGGUUUCAGCAUUGCAGGAGGUACAGACAACCCACACAUUGGAGAUGACUCAAGUAUUUUCAUUACCAAAAUUAUCACAGGGGGUGCAGCUGCCCAAGAUGGAAGAUUGCGGGUCAAUGACUGUAUAUUGCGAGUAAAUGAAGCAGAUGUUCGUGAUGUAACACAUAGCAAAGCAGUUGAAGCAUUGAAAGAAGCAGGAUCUAUUGUACGAUUAUAUGUAAAAAGACGAAAACCAGUAUCCGAAAAAAUAAUGGAAAUAAAACUAAUUAAAGGUCCUAAAGGUCUUGGGUUCAGCAUUGCUGGAGGUGUUGGAAAUCAGCAUAUUCCUGGGGAUAAUAGCAUUUAUGUAACUAAAAUAAUUGAGGGAGGUGCAGCACAUAAAGAUGGCAAACUUCAGAUUGGAGAUAAACUUCUCGCAGUAAAUAGUGUGUGCUUAGAGGAUGUUACUCACGAAGAAGCAGUAACCGCCUUAAAGAACACAUCUGACUGUGUUUUUUUGAAAGUAGCGAAACCGACAAGUGUGUAUAUGAAUGAUAGCUAUGUGCCACCUGAUAUCACCAACUCUUCUUCUCAGCUUGUUGAUAACCAUGUUAGCCCAUCUUCCUACCUGGGCCAGGCACCAGCAUCACCAAACAGAUACUCACCUGUUUCUAAAGCAGUGCUUGGAGAUGAUGAAAUUACUAGGGAACCUAGGAAAGUUGUUCUUCACCGUGGCUCAACAGGCCUUGGUUUCAACAUUGUAGGAGGUGAAGAUGGAGAAGGAAUAUUUAUUUCCUUUAUCUUGGCUGGAGGACCUGCUGAUCUAAGUGGAGAGCUCAGAAAAGGAGAUCGGAUUAUAUCGGUGAACAGUGUUGACCUCAGAGCUGCCAGUCAUGAGCAGGCAGCAGCUGCUCUGAAAAAUGCUGGCCAAGCUGUCACAAUUGUUGCACAGUAUCGACCUGAAGAGUACAGUCGUUUUGAAGCUAAAAUACAUGACUUGCGGGAACAGAUGAUGAACAGUAGCAUUAGUUCAGGCUCGGGUUCUCUUCGAACCAGCCAGAAGCGAUCCCUCUAUGUCAGAGCCCUUUUUGAUUAUGACAAGACUAAAGACAGUGGCCUUCCUAGUCAAGGAUUGAAUUUCAAAUUUGGAGAUAUUCUCCAUGUUAUAAAUGCUUCCGAUGAUGAGUGGUGGCAAGCCAGACAGGUUACACCAGAUGGUGAAAGUGAUGAAGUUGGAGUGAUUCCUAGUAAACGCAGAGUUGAGAAGAAAGAAAGAGCCCGGUUAAAAACAGUAAAAUUCAAUUCCAAAACAAGAGGAGAUAAAGGGCAGUCAUUCAAUGACAAGCGUAAAAAGAACCUCUUUUCCCGAAAAUUCCCCUUCUACAAGAACAAGGACCAGAGUGAGCAGGAAACAAGUGAUGCUGACCAGCAUGUAACUUCUAAUGCCAGCGAUAGUGAAAGCAGUUACCGUGGUCAAGAAGAAUAUGUCUUGUCUUAUGAGCCAGUGAAUCAACAAGAAGUUAAUUACACUCGACCAGUUAUCAUAUUGGGACCUAUGAAAGACAGGAUAAAUGAUGAUCUGAUUUCAGAAUUUCCUGACAAAUUUGGAUCCUGUGUCCCUCAUACAACUAGACCAAAACGAGAUUAUGAGGUAGAUGGAAGAGAUUAUCAUUUUGUGACUUCAAGAGAACAGAUGGAAAAAGAUAUCCAGGAACAUAAAUUCAUUGAAGCUGGGCAGUAUAACAACCAUCUGUAUGGAACCAGUGUUCAGUCUGUGCGAGAAGUAGCAGAAAAGGGCAAACACUGUAUCCUUGAUGUGUCUGGAAAUGCCAUAAAGAGAUUACAGAUUGCACAACUUUACCCAAUAUCCAUUUUUAUUAAGCCCAAAUCCAUGGAAAAUAUUAUGGAAAUGAAUAAGCGUCUAACAGAAGAACAAGCCAGAAAAACAUUUGAGAGAGCCAUGAAACUUGAACAAGAAUUUACCGAACAUUUCACAGCUAUUGUACAGGGAGAUACACUAGAAGACAUUUACAACCAAGUGAAACAGAUUAUAGAAGAACAAUCUGGUCCUUACAUCUGGGUUCCAGCAAAAGAAAAAUUAUGAAAAGUGAUGUUUCUGUAUUUCUCUUUCCACAACCUCUUUUUCUUUGACACUUCCUUGCCCUUUCCUUCUGGAGUCUGUCUUAAAUACCCUUCCUGUUGACUCAUACCCCACUCAUCGUGGUCUGCAGUUGUGCUUAUUUUGACAUCCAGUGUCUCCCUCAUGCUACAUCAUGUACAUUGUUCUAUAUCACUAUUGGUUUGUGGCCAUUUUUCAGAACUCAAGAUAGAUGGCCUUACCAGCUAUUAAGGGUUUGGGGAGACGCAGAAAUUGUGGUAAAAUUCCUUAAUGUUUAAGGGAAAGUAACUUUAAAAGAUUUUCAGAAAAGCUUUAUAUACAUUAUUUUAGAAUUUCAAUACAAAUGAAAGAAAAAUUGUUUUAAUCAGUGAUUUAGUAGACUUUGAGCAACUGUGCACGCUUAACUUUUAAUAGCAUGGUUUGGCCAAUGUAUUAGCUCUCAAGUCCUUUUCUCCAUUGACUUUGUGUUAUUAAAUAUUUUAUUAGAGACAAAUAAGGACAGUGUUUUUCAUUUCAAAAUUCAUCUCUUGAGUUAACCGUUAUAAUUUUACAAAGCCUAUUCAUUCUUCAUAAGAGUUCUUAAAGCCUUUUAUUGAGGGCCCUCUCCCCUGUACAUUUGGUAGGAAUAGAAAUGUUGAAGUGUUUUUAAUCUACUUGUGCAACAUUACUUAAAAUGUCUUACAAAAGUUGUUCAUACAUAAUGAUCACUUUUUUUAAAUGAGGCCAUGUUCAGGUGCUAGGGGAGCUCACCUUUUACACAGAAGGUCGAGAAAUUUCAUAGACACAAUAGAGACAAGGCAGACAUUUCAAUGAAGAUGUAGUAAUAACCUUUAUGAUAAUGGAAAUGGAGUCCAAUUCAUAGCCUAAAGCUAAAGUAUGCUUAUGUGUCAGAUUUUAAUGAAUAUUUUACCCACAAUAACUGCCUAUUUUGUUAUAAUAAAGUAUAUAUAUAAAUAUAUAUAUAACUUUCUUUAAACUGUAACUAUGGGAAUUAUUUUCUUUACAUAGUUGCGCACACAAACAUAUAUAUAUAUAUAUUUAAAAUAUAUUUUUUGUUUUGCCACCUACUCAGUUUUUGUUUGAUUAUUAAGUUAAAUGUUAAUUGAACAGACUUCUUUUCCUUAAUCAUGUCAACUGAAAACAGGAGUAUGGUGGUGAUGAGGAGAAACUCCAAGGGAAAUUAGACUAAAUGAAAGUACCUGCGUGUUCUCCUCUUUCCUACAGAAAUUUUCCAAAGGUCCCUGGGUUUUUGUUAUUAUUCUUGUCAUUGGGUUUGAUUUUGGUCUUCUGCCUUCCCUUCUAGUUCUCCUCAUUUUGUUAAUAGGAAAGUAGAGGGGGAAACAAACCAUUUGUUGGGAGUUUUCCCUCAGACACAUUCAUCCCACAAAGCUGUUCUGCACUAGGGUUGCACAGAUCUUUAUGGUGAGCAAUUGUAAGAAAUUUUUAGUGAAAGCUAGAAAUAACUUCAGAAAUCAGUUUCUCUGGUCUUUUUUUUUUUUUAUAUAUCAUCUGGCUUCCCAAUUUUCUUUGGAGUUACUAAGUAUGUGGUUUUCGACAACCUCCUCAUUACAGUUUCUUAAACAAGUGAGUGCUGAUUUGUAAACAAUUAUCAUCGUUAUCCAUUCCACUUAUGAGAAAGAGGAGAACAGCUAAUAAACUUUAUUGUAAAAUCUA